CAAAAUAAGAAACAAAAUGCAAUAAGGUUUUGAUCGAUCGAAAUUGAUAAAUUAUAAUACAGAAGAAUUUGAUUGUUCUAUUUGUUUAUGUGUGGCUAAAAAUCCAAAAGAAUGUACUUAAUGUGGUUAUAUUUUUUGUGGAAAAUGUAUUGAUGAUUGGAUAAAAAGAUCUAAUAAGUAAAUGAUUUAGAUAUUUUGUGAGGUUGGAAUGUGUAAAUCGUUGUCCAUAAUAGCUAGAAAUAAAAGUUAUAUCAAAGACUUUGAAAAAAAUUUAUGAUGAUUUAGAAUUGAGAUGUAAUUUUAUAAAUAUUAUAUAGGUUCUAAUUGUUCAAAAGGAAUAAAAAUAAAUUUAUUUGAUAAACAUGAAUCAGAAUGCAAUUAAAAGUCAUGUAUAAAAUGUAUAAAUUAUGAUUAAUGUGGGAAAUAUUUGGUAAACGAAAGAGAUGAUAAAGUAUUCUAUAAUAACUAAAAAGCAUUGUGACAUCCAUUGUUUAUUUUUUGAUAAGGUGAAAAAAGUAAAAACAAAAUCUGAGAUUUAUAAUGUAGUAAAAGAAUUUUCUUAAUUACAUGAAUUAAGACAAGAUAUUUAUAAUAUUGAUAAAUCUAUAGAUAAUUAGAUUUAAUCUGUAAAUUUAAAUCCUAAUUAAUCAAUAAAAUGGGAUAAAAAUAGAAUGGGAUCUGGUAUGGAAUUAACAGAUGGAGAUUAAAAGGUUUUUUUGAGGGAAUAAGCUUAUAUGUUUAGAACAAUAGUAGCAAAUUUUGGAUUUGAAUCAGGAAUAGUAUAUUGGGAAAUUGAAGCAGAUGAUAGAACUGAAAAUGAAUUAAAAAUAGGUAUUACUACACAAAGAGAUUUUAAUUAUGAUUCAGCUUUUUGUGAUUUUGAAUAUGGUUGGGCAUAUUAUGGUUUAGCUUAAGUAUUCAUUAUAAUAUAAAUGAAAUAGUUAAGACAUAAUAGUAAUGCAACAGGUCCAUCAUUUGGUAAGAGAUUUAAAAAAGAAGGUACUUUAGGAAUCUGUUUAAAUAUGAAUUAAGGAACUUUAAUGUUUAGUUUGAAUGGAGAAUAUAUGGGAUGUGCAUAUAAAGAUGAAAAAUUAAAAUAAGGACCUAUAUUUCCAGCAGUUGCUUUACUUCAUUGUGCUGGUUGCAAAAUUACAAAUGGGAAACCUGUUCCAUAGAUUUUUUUAUAAUGA